CGUCCUCUUCGUCCUCUGCACUUCUCACAACCAUGCUUUGUCUCGCCAUUGUCUGCGCUCGCAUCUCGGUCAUCAUCAUCGAUGCGUCUCUGACCACGCCGCCCAUCCACCCCACCACCCCGGUCAUGCGAUUAUUUCAUUAUCACUCUCACGAUAUCUCAGGCCUGGGCUUGCCGCAGGGUCCGGAUCGGAAUCGACACGGCGACGAGCCGUGUCAAGGUACCAGCAACCCUCGGGCGAGCGAGCGAGCAUGCGAUUCGACUAUUAGCAUUGAUGGUCAUGCAGUCAUGCAGUCAUGCAGUCAUGCAGUCAUGCAGUCAUGCAGUCAUCGGUUUCACCGAAACAUUUACUCGACUCCGCGCUUAGUGUUGCGGAGACGGACUGCGGCGGCCGCAAGAGAUAGUUGCACGUGCCAGGCGUUCCUGGACUGUUUGCCUCGGCCCUCGGUCGCCGCGCUCUUGUUCACGCUCCUCGCGGCUUUCUCAACAGAGAUAAGCCGAUGGCAGCCGACCCGAGUCCGGAUGCCCGAGGCUGGGACCCGCUAGGUCCGGCGUCAUCUGCUGCUGCUGAGCUACUGGGCGGAUUACGCUGACGUACUGACAGCUUCUGGGUUGUGGGUUUGGCGGUUCCGCUGCUGCUGGAAUCCUCGCCGUUGCUCGAUUCAGUGCAUUUUCUGUCAGCUGGAACCGGCC